CUUUGUAGCGAAUGACUCCUACAUUUCCCGCUUGUGUAGGACACGCCAGGGACUGUGAAGUGCCAGGUAAACGGUGGAUAUGAUAUCUGGAAGCUGGCUAUAGCUAAGCCAUUCAAGCUGUGUUGAGAGGGAGGAAGAGAGAGAAAGACAGAUCAAGAGAUCCAGCUGAAGAAGGAGAAAAGAGGGAGACGGCUGCUGACUCCAUGUCUUCCCCUUCAAAUAAAAGAUCUGGUUCUGGAUCAAGCAAGUAAGGCACAUUCCUUUUGUCUUUCAAUGGGAUUUAGUUUGAUGCUGUGAUAUCUAACCCACCCUGCUGCUGUAUAACUCUUUUGAACACAGAAAUGUUUUAUUUAUUUAUUUUUAUUUAUUAUUUUUCUUCAGCAUAAUGACCUUUUUGAGCCUCAACAGUGCUUUAUUGACCCUAACUCUCUCUGUCUCUUUGCCGUCAUCACUGCAUCAGCUGUUUAGCUCUUUUUUAAUUUUCUCUCUUCUGUCAAGAUUUAUUUCACCCAACAACUGCCAGGUUGUAUAAAAACUGCUUGGAUGGCCAGUUCAGAAGCUUUAUAAGCUCAUUACUGUACAAGGAUUUUUAACGCAACAGCUAUACUGUACAGUAGGUAUCAUAUUCUAGAAUGAAAUCUAGACAGAUGGAAGACUUCACUAUUUGUAUUGGACAAAUAGUACAGGGUCAAGGUUUAACUUCCUUCCUUUCUGUCUUCAACAUUUCCUUCCUUCCGUCCUUUCUUCCCUCCUUCCUUCCAUCCAUCGUUCUUUCAUGCUUUCCUUCCAUCCAUCCUUCCUUCUUUCCUUCAUUCCUUCCUUCCAUUCUUUCUUCCCUCCUUGCGUCCUUGCUCCACCCUCUUCAGAGACGAGAAAAGGUUGCAGGGAAAGGAAACGAGGACGGAGCAAACAAAGCAAGAUAUAUUUGUAAAAUCAAAUGUCCGUACUCACUCGAGCUUCAUGGUGGUUACUCACCUCAAUCCGGGUGGCGGAGGACAAUUAACAGUCUCCGCUUUUGAGACAGUCAAUCCGCGCAUCUUAUCACGUGCCUUGCUGUGCAUAACACUUCAGAGACUCACAGCAUGUGGAGGCUCAUGCUACUCUCCACGAUCCACGCAAAACUUACCACGUGCCCCAUUGAGAGCGAGAAUCCCUAAUCGUGACCUCGAGGAGGUUACCCCAUGUGAGUCUACCCUCCCUAGCAACCAGGCCAAUUUGGUUGCUUAGGAGACCUGGCUGGAGUCACUCAGCACGCCCUGGAUUUGAACUCGCGACUCCAGGCCAAAAAGAGUAUCCACCUGUGCUUCCUCGCUCAAGCCUCUUCGGGAAGCUUCCUCUGUCCUCAGUCCUCACCUCCUCACGAUGCAUUUAGAGAAUUGAUACGUCCUUAAAGAUGGUGGACUUUGAUAGUUUUGCGGGUCAUAGGCUUGUGGACGGAGGAGCAAGGAAACGAGGAUGCACAAUUAAAGAAAUGAGAAGCACCCCUUCUCCCCUUCCUUUCCUUCCUUUCCUUCUCUCCUUUCUUUCCUUCCUUCCUUCUUCCUUCCUUCCAACAUUUUUCUUCCUUUCGUUCAUUCCUUCCUUCCAUUCUUCCUUUCUUUCUUUCUGUCUUUCUUUCUUUCAUGUGUUAAUAGUAAUAUUGCAGUAGAGCCCAGCUCUGUGCCUCUGUUUCAUCUCUCUUUCCUCAGGUUCAACCUGCUGAAGGCCCUACAGCCUAAACAUCGCUUGAAACAAAUGGUGUCAUCUCCCACUGCAUCUCCUGUACGGAGUCCAGCACCUGUCAGUAACCGUGAUCCCUAUGGAAAUGCCUCUCUCAGCAGCAGUAGUAAUUCAGGGUCAUGCAGGGGCAGUGAUGGAAGCCCAACCCAUAGACGUAACUUAAAACACACCUCCUGCAAUGAUAACCAUGGUAUCUGGCCUCCUCCACCUGAGCAAUACCUUACACCUCUGCAACAGAAAGAAGUGUGUAUUAGACACCUGAGAGCACGGCUCAAAGAGACCAUCGACAGACUGCAGGACAGAGAUACUGAGAUCGAUGAGUUGCGUUCUCAGUUGUCUCGUAUGCAAGAAGACUGGAUUGAGGAGGAGUGCCACCGCGUGGAGGCCCAGCUAGCUUUGAAAGAAGCUCGCAGAGAGAUCCAGCAGCUUAAACAGGUUGUCGAUGUUGUCCGAUCCAGUCUGGGAGACACAGACACAGGGGUGCAAAGGUGCUUCCAAGACAUCAACCUCCAGAACCACAAGCUGGAGACUUUAUUGCAGAACAUGGAGCUGGCUCAAACCGGGGCUGUCAAAGUAGGAGAAGCCACAGGAGGUGGAGAGUUGGUGGGGGCAGGGCUGGAGGUCAGCGAAGGUCUGGUGGGGUCAUCCGAAGGCUCCCCAGCUCGCUCACUAACCCGCAGCUCUACCUACACCAAGCUGAGUGACCAGGGCGGUCCGGAAUGUGGCGGUAACGAAAAUGGUUGUGAAAUUCCAUGUUUGUCAGGUGAGGGCACGCAAGACAGCGGGUUUGUUUGCUGCGGGGAAAGCGGAAGAGGAGCCAGCAAGGCAGACCUCCUUCUGGAAGCUGCGUUUCUGUCUCAAGAGACAGCCUCGCUGCUCAGUGCGUACUCCCAUCUGCCACACUCCUCCACCUAUGAGGGGCUCUGCAACAGCGAGCCCAGAGUAGUGCCACUCCAAUGUAGCGGAUUCGGGACUGGGGCCAGUGUGAGUCUAAGUAAUCCCUGUCUAUCACACCAUCACCUGUACCUGCACCACCUUCGAGAGCAAGCAAUUCAAACCGACUAUGACCACGCCCCAGCCUCGGCCCCUGCUCAUGGACCCAGUACAUCCUUUAACUCUGAUCUGGACACUAUUGCUGAGCGCACUUUCUGCUCUCAGGCCAUCAGCCCAACCUCAACCUGGAUGUCUGAUGAAGGGGAUGACCUGGAAUCAGUUACAACAGAAUCAGCUGUUACAGCAACAGUUGCCCCCACAGCAUCCAUCGUCAUGGACUCUGUUUCCACUAAGUCUGCUCAGGUUGAUGCAAUGGAGUCUUGGGGACCAUCCGCAUCUACUGCAAAAGGAACUGCGUCCUUAGCACUGAACACCACCGAGACCUGUGUCAUUGAGUCUGCUGUUUCAGAGUCCUCUCCAAUUUUACCAGUCGCCACAACAGCUCUGACCACAGAAACCAUUGGAUCCCCAGUUACCAACUUUGUUCCACCUCAGCCUUGCAGAGACCCUUUUCCAAGUCCUGGAAACUUUCCCUGCUCAGCACAGUCAUCAGAUGGAAUAGAAGAAGAGACCCUCCCACAAACAACUCAGCCUUGUAGUGCACUGUCAGAGGCAGGGGUUGUGGGGGAUAAUGUUGUUAAUAUAAGUGAAGAUGAUGAAGAUGAAGUCGAUGAGAGUGCUACAGACAAUGAGUCAAAGUCGUCUGGCUGCGGUUUACCAGCAAAGAACUACUGGAGCCGCCACUUCUUAGUGGAUUUGCUAGCCGUGGUUGUGCCAGUGGUCCCCACAGUUGCGUGGUUGUGUCGGGGCCCACACCGUGAUGGUCAACCAAUGUACCAUAUUGGUUCUCUUCUGCGGGGUUGCUGCACUGUGGCUCUCCAUUCUCUACGUCGAGGAGGGGGUCUUAGGCACUACCCCGCAGGAGGAGGGGGUCCGGGGGGAAUGAACAUAUGAGACCAGUUCUUCACCCUUGGGAAGCUUGGAAGCUACUGAAACUACUGUCACAUUAUCUAAUGUGCAAUCAGAGGGAGGUUAAACAUUUAAAAUGAAUUUAUCAGUGGAGGGAUACUGUGUGAACGCAUCAGUCCAUUGCUGUAAUAAGUGCUCUCAGUCAGAGCUGUAGUCCUCUACACACUUCUUUAUACAAGAUGAGGAGAAUGAGAAGCAUAAUAAAACUAAAAGUAUGGCACUCUUGUAGUUCAAAAACUUUCCCCCACAACUGCUGCCCUAAGUAAGAAGGCAAGUUUAUGUACUGUAUUCUGAAUGAUGGACUGACACAAAUGACAUUGACUCAGCUUUGUUGGUGACACUAAACAAUUCCCCUUUAAUAUGAUUGUAUUACCCUAUUUCAGUGUAAAGGGACACAAUAAGUGAUGGGAAGGAUAUGUCCUUUUGCUUGUCCCUCUCGCUGUCACUGGACAGGGUGUGUGUACUGUAUGUGUGUGUUAAUUCAUCUGAGUGAGUGUUUGUGUUGUGUUGAUGUACAGCCAAAGUACCUUGAUUACCAAUGGCCAUCAUUGUUGAAGCUGUUCGUUAUAUGUUGUUAGAUGUCCCAUUACUUAAGCCUGUGUGACUGCACUAUGUGACACUGGGCAGUUGUCUUUCCCCUUAAAAGUGCUUUAAGUUAUUUUUUUAAUUAAAUGACAUGCAGAAAGCAUCCUUAGGACAACGGUCUCCAAGUGUGUCUGUGUGUGUGCACGUGUCUUUGGAGUGCUGAGAUUUGGAAAGAGGAGGUGUGGCUAAUCAAUGGCAUUGUCUCGUAGAAGUUCCAGAAUGGCUAAAAUCCCUUACAGCACCUUUAAGGAGACAGGCAAGCACCUGCUGAGAUAUUUGUACAGUAUGCUUUGCAUAUACCACUAGUGUCCUAGAUAAACACUGUCACAAAAUUAUACUAAGUCCAUCUGGAGUCUUUUAGAAAAUUAUAUAAGUUUGAUGCUGGUUUGGAAAUGCUCUGUACAGCUGGAUGCUAAAUCAUGUAUUUUAGAAAAGGCAAAAUAAAUCUUAAUAAUAUUAAGAGUGAGACAGAUUCAGCAUUUAGACAAUGAUCAGGGUUAAAGGACUUUAAUAAGGUCAUGAAAGCUUUCUCACCAGAAAUGAAAUACUUGUUCUUUCCCUUGUUAAUGUGCUAUAAAUGUCUGAUUUCACUGUGGUUUGUGUUCAGACCAGAAAUACAGUCGUAGUUAAAAAAAAUUUGGAGAAAAAAAAGAGGCAAAAUUUAAGCAUUAAUAAUAAUUUUUAUGUUCACAAUCAGUUUCUGUCAUAUAACGAAAACUCUGAAUUUAGCAUAUUAGCUUAAUUUAGCAUUAAACAAGUGCUGUUUCUGUGCUAAUAUGUUUUAUAUGCUCAUUUAGAAAUACUGUUAGACAGAAUUGCAUUAAAACAGGCAAUGCAAAAACAUUUUUUUUGCAAGUAAAUAAGCAUGAUAUACAUAAUUGAUUAGAUUCUUGAACCAAAUCAAGUUUAAAUUAAAAUUUAAGUAUGCGAAGCAAAUGAAGAGCAAAAAAUCAUGCAACACAAACAUUGUAGUACAUUUGAAAAUGCUGUUUCCUGCUUUUUCCAAAUAUUUAGCCACGACUGUAUGUUCUCUGAUGUUUAUACAUGUUGACCAUUUAUGUUGACUGACACUUAGGUGACGGGUGACAUUUAAUGAAAUGUUGAGUGCACUAUAAUUCACUUUAUAAGCAAUUACUUGAAGUGUACUUGAGUGUGUGUUUCUGUCUAUCCAAAGGCCAAUGCAUACAUGUGGAUUUGUGGUUUAGGGUUAGGUUUCACCAUUCUGAAAGAAUCAUCAGCUGGAUACAUUUUGAUUUACAAAUUCUCAUUAAUAUUCAUACUGUGUAUAAAACUGUAUCAGUGACUGCUGGGUUGACUUUCCGGAAAACAGUGCACCAGAUAAUCAGCCAGAUGAACACUCAUUUUUUUGUGCUGGCAUGCACUUCCUGUAUUUAUUUGCGUUUCACACGUUGUCUUAUUUUCUGUCCCUCUAAACAAUUAAGAACAGCUGCUUUUCUACCUCUCUCUGAUACUGUGUGGAGUGUAUGUCAUCUUUAUUUGGUUUUCACUUGUUCUUGUUCUAAUAAUUUUCUGCCUUAUGUAGAGAAUUUGUGUGGUGUCUGCAGGGUGUUCUGGCAUCCCCUUUUUCCUUUAACUGCUUGACAAUCUUAUUUAGCUAGUGCUUACUUUAUGUCAAGAUGUCUUUAUAGUCUAGUAGUCCCUGCACUUUUCACCUCAUUUCAACUAAGCACUUAUUAAAGAGAAAUUUAUAUUACAGUACAAGAUAUGAAGGCAUACAUGUUACUUACUUUUUUUAUUUGUUUGUCAAAGCUAUAAAUUAUUCGGUCUCUUGGUUUAUCAGAAACUAUCUUUGAGAUUAAUUGGAGACAAAGCUAAGCUACUCAGAGAGUAGGACGUUUGCGCCCAAUAAAACGUAUAUUGUCCAUUUGUUCAAUGAAAUGUGUGUGAAUAACAGUUAUUUGGGCAAAUGACAAAUGAUGUUGUACAUUGUUUUAAACCUGUUGAAGUUACACGUAAGGCCUUGAUACUAUGUUCUUGAAUUUUAUGAAGCCAUAUUAUAAGCAGAGUUGUAUAUGUUGGCCCUAAAUGCUGGUAAAUCGGAGUAAUAAUAUUUCUAUGUAAUGUUACAUACAGUUGUCUAUUUAUUUAGUUUAAACAUAAUAAUAGUAAUUUAAUUUAUGCAGCAGAGAGGGAAUCUGUGUGUGUUUAUUCUUUAAAAUAUGAAAUCCCCUUUGAUGAUUAUAUCCACAGACUAUUUGAUUUGAACGCCUCAUACUCCAUUAAAAAGUAUAGUUCAAAAUACAUACUUAAGGGACAUAGAGUUUUUUCACCUGUUCUGAUUAGAGAAAUUCUUAGCCAUUUUUUGGGUUUAGGCAUUGAGAGUUCCAACAUUGACGUUAAUGGUGAACUGGGCUUGCGACUACCACUAAUUUAGAAUGUAGUUUUGUAAACACAAAAUGUGUCAUAGUAGAUACAUCCUCACAUAAGUUUACAAUGAUGGAUCUCUUGUAGAAUCAUUACUCCAAUAGCACUUUUAGGUAAAGAUUGCAAUGCAUACAUGUAUUAGAUACUAGGAAUCAAAUUACUUUACCAAUAUAUGUCACAUCCAAAUAUGAUUUGAAUACAUCAAUACUGCUUAUGUUCUGUAUAUUGUUUAGGUUACAGUCACUUAGUAUCAGGUAAAUGUUUAACCUCAAAAGCCAUAAGCCAUCUCAUUUGGAAUUUCUGAAUGGAAACACUUUCAGGAAUGUAAAAAAAGCAAGCAAUUUGUGACUUACUGUAAUAGUGAGUUACAUCAGUAGCUCUGUAUCUGUUAAGCAGGAUUUUAUGACUGUGUGCCUACAUCUCACACAGGGUAAAUUUGUUACGCCUGUUUUGUUUCAUUUUUAUUUUCCAAAUGUUAAUUCCAAUGAGGUUUACAUUUUUCAUCUGCCACUUUUGCUUUCAUUGUAUAGUCAGUAUCAACACCCUAAGUGGAAUAAGUCGUGUAAGUCGUAAAUGUAUCAGUUUCUAUUAAUAAUUUCAUGUAGAAUAAUAUUGUAAUGGUAAAACUAUUGUGUUCGGACAUCACAGCAACAGCUCUUGACCUCUACUGCUCUGUUAAAGGAUCAAUAUUAAACAGCAUGGUGAACAUUCA